AUGAAAAUAUUUGCUACAUUAAUUAUUAAUAAUGCUCGUUUUAAAUUGGAAAGUAAACUUGUUGAUAGUUCAAAUAAUAAAGAAGUAAAGCAAGAUCAUUUAAAAUUCGUUGGAAACUUUUUUUUCUUAUCUUUUCUUAUUUUGUAUUUGGUUCGUGGAAAUUUCUAUAAAUCAAAUGGAAAAGUUUUUCAUAAUAAUGGAAAUUAUCAUCUUGGUGAUACAACAUAUAGUGGUAAAGAGUAUUUAGAACGUAAUGAUAAUCAUACAUGUAUUGAAUUACGUUGUUCAAUGAUAUUGGUUAAAAGUUCAUCUCAAAUUGGUUAUGAUUUUGUUUGUGAACGUAAAAAUAAUAAAGGAAAUGAUCAAAAUAAUUACAAUAUUAUAUCACAUUUAACAUUACGAAUAUUAAUUCAUUAUGAACCAUUAAAACUAUUUGAUAUGAAAAAAGAUUUUACUCGAACACGUGAUUUAGCUAAUGCAACACUUCAUAGUUCACUUCAUUUCUUAAUAUUAACAUAUAAUCUACCAAUAUAA